AUGGAUGAGUUCUCUGUUUCUUCGAGGGAGGAAGACGGCCAAGAAUUCCUCAAGUGUGCUCGAUCAGAGAAGCUCCCCACUUCUGAUCAUCUCCGGAGAAGCGUGUUGUCCGGUUCCAUAUCUGAACUCAGCCAGAUCGUCCACAACCUUGGGAUCAAGGACAAGAAAGUUCUGCUCGACCACCUUGCUAAAGUUGCUGACCAAGACAACGACAAGUUCUUGUCGAAGAUCAAGAGCAGACUCGACAGGGUUGGAAUGGAGCUUCCGACGAUUGAAAUCCGAUAUGAGCAUCUCAAUGUUGAAGCAGAAGCUACAGUUGGGAGCAAAUCUCUGCCCACGUUCACCAACUUCACUCUAGGAAUCUUCAUGAGUAUCUUGAAUGGAUUGCACCUCCUACCCAACAGAAAGAAACAUCUGACGAUUCUCAACGAUGUUAGUGGAGUCAUCAAGCCCGGGAGAAUGACUCUGCUAUUGGGUCCUCCGAGUUCUGGGAAAACAACACUGUUGCUAGCUUUGGCUGGAAGGCUGGAUCCCAAUCUCAAGGUUUCAGGGAGAGUAACAUACAAUGGUCACGAUAUGCAUGAGUUCAUCCCACAGAAAACUUCAGCUUAUGUUAGUCAGCAUGAUGUUCACAUGGGAGAGUUAACUGUCAGAGAAACUUUAGCCUUCGCGGCAAGAGUCCAAGGAGUUGGAUCUCUUCAGGAUAUGUUGGAAGAAUUGUCCAGAAGAGAAGAGGCAGCAAGUAUCAUACCCGAUCCUGAUAUUGAUGACUUCAUGAAGGCUUCAGCAACUGAAGGUCUUGCAAGCAUUGUCGUCACAGACUACGUUUUGAAGAUAUUAGGACUGGAAGGUUGCGCAGACACUUUGGUGGGUAAUGAAAUGAUCAGGGGUAUCUCUGGAGGACAAAAGAAGCGUGUCACAACCGGUGAAAUUUUGGUUGGACCGGUAAGAGCCAUGUUCAUGGAUGAAAUCUCAACCGGUUUGGAUAGUUCCACAACAUUCCAGAUUGUGAACUCACUGAAGCACCAAAAUCACAUCCUCAAUCGCACUACAAUCAUCUCCCUCCUCCAACCCGCUCCCGAGACAUACGACCUCUUUGAUGACAUCAUCCUGUUGUCGGAUGGGCAAAUUGCUUACCAAGGCCCAUGUGAAAACGUGCUCGAGUUUUUUGAGCACAUGGGUUUCAAGUGUCCUGAUAGGAAAGGAGUUGCCGAUUACUUGCAAGAAGUCACAUCUAAGAAGGACCAGAAGCAAUAUUGGGCUAGAAGGGAUCACGCGUACCGUUUCAUUACGACUAAGGAGUUUGCCGAGGCGUUCAAGUCAUUCCACAUAGGAAGGAAGAUUGGUGAUGAACUAUCAAUUCCUUAUGAUAGAAGCAAGAGCCACCCUACUGCUUUGGCAACCAAAAAGUAUGGAAUUGGGAACAAGGAACUUCUUAAGGCCAACUUUGCAAGAGAGUUCCUGCUCAUGAAAAGAAACUCAUUUGUCUACAUCUUCAAGCUCACUCAGAUAUUAAUCAUGGCACUGUUGACUAUGACAGUCUUUUUUCGGACCAGAAUGCACCGAAACACGAUCCAGGAUGGAUGGAUAUUUAUGGGUGCUCUCUUCUUCACGUUGAUCACGAUCAUGUUCAAAGGAAUGUCUGAAAUUCCAAUGACCAUUGCAAAGCUUCCAGUGUUCUAUAAACAAAGAAAUAUGUUUUUUUAUCCACCAUGGAUAUACUCCAUCCCCCCAUGGAUCCUCAAGAUUCCCAUCACCUUCCUUGAAGUUGGUAUUUGGGUUUCCCUGACUUACUAUGACGUCGGUUUUGAUCCCAACUUUGGAAGGUUGAUUAGAUUCUAUGUGUUGUUGGUAGCAAUUAAUCAGAUGGCAUCUGCUCUCUUUCGAUUCAUCGCUGCAACUGGAAGGAACAUGAUUGUUGCCAACACCUUUGGCUCAUUUGUUCUACUUUCCAUCUUUGCAUUGGGUGGAUUCAUAUUGUCACCAGAUUACAUAAAGAAAUGGUGGAAGUGGGCCUAUUGGGUAUCACCGAUGAUGUACGGGCAGAACGCGAUAGUCAUCAAUGAAUUCCUUGCACAUAGUUGGAGCCACGUUUCGGCAAACUCAAACUCAACGAAAUCAUUAGGAAUUCAAGUGUUGAGGUCUCGUGGGUUCUUCACAGACCCACAUUGGUAUUGGCUAGGAUUGGGAGCGACUCUAGGUUUCUUGUUCCUUUUUAACAUUGCCUUUGCUUUCGCCCUUACUUUCUUAGAUCAAUAUCUUCAUUUGUUGAAAAGCACAGGCUUUGAGAAGCCUCAAGCUAUCAUGCCUAUUGACGAGGCCACAACUUUAAUAGAAGCCAAUGAGAUGUCAACUUGUGGCUCCUCUAAAACCAUGCUUGUAGAUGAUGAAGCUAGUCGAAACAAGAAUGAAGGAAUGGUUCUUCCAUUUGAACCCCAUUUCAUAACAUUUGAGGAUAUUAUAUACUCUGUUGAUACACCAAAGGAAAUGGAAUACCAAGGUUUCCCCGAUGAUAAACUGGUUCUUCUGAAAGGUAUUAGUGGUGCUUUCAGGCCAGGUGUUCUAACGGCUCUUAUGGGAGUCAGUGGUGCAGGCAAAACAACUCUUAUGGAUGUGCUUGCUGGAAGGAAAACCGGUGGAUAUGUUGAAGGAAACAUCAUGAUUUCGAGGUUCCCUAAGAAGCAAGAAACUUUUGCUAGAAUAUCAGGAUAUUGUGAGCAAAAUGACAUCCAUUCUCCACAAGUUACUGUAUACGAGUCUCUUGUUUACUCAGCUUGGUUGCGUUUACCCCAAGAAGUUGAUGAUAAAACCAGAAUGAUUUUUGUUGAAGAAGCGAUGGAUCUUAUUGAGCUAAACCCCUUGUGUGACUCUCUUGUUGGAAUCCCUGGUGAGAGUGGCUUGACAACUGGGCAACGCAAGAGGCUAACCAUUGGAGUUGAGCUAGUUGCUAAUCCAUCCAUUAUCUUUAUGGACGAGCCGACCUCAGGGUUGGAUGCUAGAGCUGCUGCCAUUGUCAUGAGAACGGUAAGAAACACAGUCGACACAGGUAGAACAGUAGUUUGCACCAUACAUCAGCCCAGCAUUGAUAUCUUUGAAUCUUUUGAUGAGUUGUUUCUUUUGAAUAGAGGAGAGGAGAUAUAUGUGGGUCCAUUGGGGAGCCACUCAGCCCACUUAGUGAAAUACUUUGAAGAAAUACAAGGGGUGAGAAAGAUCAGAGAUGGGUACAACCCGGCAACAUGGAUGUUAGAGGUUACCAGCAGUGCACAAGAGAUAGCUUUAGGAGUUGAUUUUGCACAAAUUUACAGGAAAUCAGAUCUCUAUAAGAGAAACAAAGCUCUCAUCGCGGAGCUAAGCAAGCCGGUUCUAGGUGCCAAAGAACUCUACUUCCAAACCAGAUACUCCCAACCAUUCUUGAUGCAGUGCAUGGCCUGCUUGUGGAAGCAGCGCCAGUCCUACUGGUGCAACCCUUCAUACACCGCAGUCAGAUUCUUAUUCACAACCUUUAUCGCCCUUAUGUUUGGAACCAUUUUCUGGGAACUCGGGAACAAGAGAAGUAGGAAUCAAGACCUUUUCAAUGUAAUGGGUGCUAUGUUUGCCACAGUGUUAUUCCUUGGUGUCCAAAAUGCAUCUUCUGUGCAACCAGUGGUAUCCAUUGAAAGAACUGUGUUCUACAGGGAGCGAGCUGCUGGGAUGUACUCGUCUUUAUCGUAUGCCUACGCCCAGAUGAUCAUAGAGAUCCCCUACAUCCUCGCCCAAGCUCUGGUAUAUGGAGUGAUCACAUACACUAUGAUUGGAUUCGAAUGGGACGCGAAGAAGUUCAUGUGGUACGUCUUCUUCAUGUACUUCACACUCCUCUACUUCACUUACUACGGGAUGAUGAGUGUUGCCAUCACGCCAAAUCACCACAUUGCCUCCAUCAUUUCUACGUUCUUCUAUUCUAUCUGGAUGCUCUUUGCUGGAUUCAUCGUCCCUAGACCUCUCAUCCCUGUUUGGUGGAGGUGGAACUACUGGGCCAAUCCGAUCUCAUGGACAUUGUAUGGGCUAAUUGUGUCACAGUAUGGAGAUGUGACGACAUCCAUGGAAGGAACAGGGGAAACUGUUGAGGAUUUCUUGAGGAGCUACUUCGGUUUCAAGCAUGAUUUCUUGGGAGUGGUUGCCGCAGUUAUGGUCGGAUUGGUAGUCGUUUUCGCCUUCUUCUUUGCCAUCUCCAUCAAGUGUUUCAAUUUUCAGAAAAGAUAAAAAAAAUCAACUGAUAAAGUGAAACAAAAAAUAGUGAGUCAAACGCAUUCCAUCUAUUUUGCCUUUUUUGUUGGUGUUGUAACUUUUAGGCAACUCAUUAUUGGUCAUUUUUAUUGCUUUGUACUAGAUUUUUUAUAUGUUAUGUAACUGAAUUUUUUUAUAUGUUGAUUGCUACUAUGAUCUAAGAGAGGCAUAAACGUGUAAAACAUUUCAUCAUAAUUAUUUAUUUAUUACUUAAUUUUUCAUCUAUACCUACUAUGUCCUGUUCCU